UAUUUUGGCCUCUAGAAUAGUGUCCAAACACCCUGUAUAUCUGAGAAAGUGUAUUUCUAUUAAAAAAUAUUCAUUAAUACUUCUAAAAUAGCACAAUACAAUUAUUUCCUGAAUUCACGUGAAAUCACCUAUAAUUUAAAAAUUUCAAGUCAAAUUUGACACAGGUUCCAGUUUUCCAAUCACUCUAAAAUUUUGCACGUUAUUUUCUCUCUAAAUAUCACUAUUUAAGAUGGUAAAACGAUGGUAAGUUCGAAAAAUAAUGGCCACCCUAAUAUAUACUAUACUUUUCUACUCCCGACAGGCUGCGUUGUAUAGAAUUCCAAAUAUAACAAUGAAAAUGACACUCACGUUAUUGUUUUCGACAUAAGGAAUUAUAAUUUCAAUAAAAAAUAUCACAUAACUUUGAUAUAAGAUGAUAGGAGUGCAUUCGACUCUAACGCGAAAUAAUAAAAAUUUCAAAAUUCUAAUUAAAAUGUGGCAGGUGUUUCUGUUGUCUAAUCUUGCUGAAAUGUUGCACAGAACUUUUUUUCUCCAAGUGUCACAACGUGUGUGUGUGUGUGUGUGUGGGAGGGGGGUAGUUCGUCAAAAAGUAAUCGAAAAUCAUAAAAUAAAGACCACCCUAGUGUGAUCCAUCUCAGUUUCUCAUCCAAGACGAGAUCCAGAAGUCUAACGUUCCCAACGAGCUUUAAUUCCGCACCUCUAAUAAUUACGAACGUGAUGAAAACCUUCUGUUUCGGCCACGAACAAUUCUUCUUGAUAGAACAAUCGUUGAUCGUGGUCGUGCUUAUCGCACAGCCACUCUGUGCUCCUAACCCUUAGUUGAACCCUCAGAAGCUGGGUGCUUCUGAUACGCAGAAUGUCUUCGUGCGGAGACUAACUAGUGAUCAAGUUACUUGUCCAAGAGUAAUCUGACGAAAAGUCCUGAUUUUUCCCACAAGGAAGCCUCGGUUUCACCUGCCAAGGUGACAACGACGAACAUUGCCUACCGGAGGGAGGAUUGGUCAAACCAAUCCUCAUCGUCGUCACCUUGGCAGGGCGGUUCCUAACAAUCAGCAACAUUCCCGUCCACCCUGCCGUCCAGUGUCCAGGUAGACCAUGCAGGAGCGAGCGAGAACGCUGCGUUGUUAUUAAUUUUUUGGGAAAUACCCAACGACCGCGAGACCCCGGUGGUCCGCAGCAUGUGCGCCAACGCGGGUUUACGAUACGUCAAUCGCUAUUGAGGCAAGGAAGAGCUCCAAGGAUUCCAAGUCCCGUGUAGAGUUUGGAGAUUCCUUAACGACCAUAUCCUAAUUCAUCGAGUAAAAAUGUCUUGAAGGCCUAAUCCUCAAAAAUAGCGUAAAGUCACGUACUGUCCUCCGCUCACUUGAAGUCCCGCGGAAGGAAUGCGGGAGAAGUAGAAGGGGCACACGUAUUCCCACGCACACAUUGGUCUCUAGCUCGCUGUUCGUCGCGGCAGUUUUACACACACAUGUGGACUGCCUGAGAGCAAGUGAGCAAGACAGAUAAAUGGGCGGCCCGACUCCCCUUGCCCCUGUGCCGUCUCGCGGUACAUCAAGUGAGCGGAGGACAGUACGUAUCCUAAACCCGCCUCGCUGUACCGACCCUGAACACCUUCAUUUAUAAUCGCGACGCUGUUCGUGUCGUUGCAUCGAUCACGGAACAACGGAACAACUUCACGGUGCAACGGUGAGGGUCUUCUCGAUUCGGAUGCGUCGAGCAUGAGCGGUAAGAUCGAGUAUCUGGAAAAGUAUUCGGUAGCACCUUCACCCAGCAGAGAUUACUACGGGCUAAAAGUACUCCGUGACCAGGUGAUACUCUAUAUUUGGAAAAUCUCGCACGGCCCGCACAAGACACCGAUCGUUCGAACGACCAGUUUCGAGGACAUCGAGCUAGACAAACCGCUGCAGGACGAAAUUCGACGAAUUUUUGGUAAACAUUUACUAAGGCACAUAAGGAACAUUGCUGCAGGACGAAGAAACACGCUCCUAACGUUGCCAAGAAAUUUGAUCGAACGAUUGGCUAGAUACCUGACAGUGAACGACAUCGUGAAACUGACAUCAUUGUCGCACGUGUCGAAAGAGGUAUUCGAUCGAAAUUCCGUGUGGGAGACACUGUAUAAGAAAUACAAACCGUUUACGAAACGCAAGCACGAGAAAUUAUAUGUUACGACUCGCGACUGGAAACAGCUGUUCCAGCAAAUACAAAUUGAAAGAGUAAUGAACGAACAAAGGGUGCCCCAUGCUCGAAAUCCAGCGAAGCAGAUAAAAACGAAUUCAAAGCCUGAAGACGUUUCAAAACACUGCAAUGCAAAUUCCAAAGGAACGACAAAAAUCGUUCCCUCGGUACUUAAAGCAUCGAAGAAACUGUCCGAAGAUGCUCGUAAAAAAGUCACUCAAACUCCAAUCACGAAAAAGUUAUCAGAUUUUCGUCUAGACAGAUCGAAGAUCGAAAACGAAAAGAUCGUUUCGGAGAAGAAGGUUCCGAUUCUCAGGUCGCUUCAAGCGUCAGAAAGGAAACCGACGAAAGCAUUGAAAGAUCAACCGAUGAUCGUCAAGAAUGAAUCGAGACGCGAGGUUCAGAGCAAACAUUCGUUCGUCGGUAAAACAGUCGAGACAAAAUCGAUCAAAGGUCAAAAUUCGCGUAACAAAGUUCUCAGAGCUGAUGGUAAAAUUACGAAUACGAGUGAAGAGAAGCCUGGUUCAGCUAAACCGAGAAGUUCGACGCUAUCGAAGGCUCUCAGAAGCGAGCAAUCAACGCCAAGUCUGACACUUACCGAUCAAAGUAAAUUAAAAACGAGGGGCAAAACGAAGAAGAUCGGCCAGAGUAAAUCGACGAUUUUGAACACGAACACGAACACGGCUCUGGUCGCUCAGUAUUCUUCGAUAGGGGGAGACAGUCCCGAUCUAGCCGAUUUGAUCGAAGCAUGCAUGAAGAACAAUCGCUGCUCGAGGAGCAUAUUCGAUUACGAUGGUCCUUCUUGUCUCGAUAAACUAAAAUCGUGCGCUGGUGACGGGAAAACGCAAGAGGAUCGUUCAAAAAUCGCGGAGCCUUCGAGUGCAUUGAAAAGCGGUCGCGUGAGAGCUUCGUUAGAUCGAUUAUCCGAGAAAUCUGAACCUUCGACAGCUAAAUCGUUGGAGUCCGACGUUUCUAAUCCGUCUUCCACGUUAAAAAGCAAGAAAGUAUCGAAACAAAAGACGAGAAAGUCUGUUACGUCGACUAAAAAUGAGUGUAAAUUCGUGAUACCCGAGGACAAGGAGGAUAUUUUCGAGAGAUAUGGGAUUUAUACUAAAUGCUCAUCACCGAGAAUGAAUGUCGAAGAGAAGUGUAAAAGAACGACGGACAAAAUGGCCACGCGACGCUCUUCGGAAGUGAUCAGUCAUUUCAAUAGAACGGUGACUAAAAAUGACGAUGUGCAUCGAUACCAACUUCGAAAGACUAUGAACACUGUGCACAAGUAUUGAGAACAUACGCCUGACCUGUUAUUUUGGUGAAUUGUUUCAAAAUUAUUCUGACAAGAAAAGUCUUGCAAUUUCCAUUGAUUCGAACAAAUAUUGGAUGUGAUUAUGAGAAAUGUGUAACGAUGUCUUCAUAAAUCUGUUACGUUUCGUCUUUGUGUCGUUAAUGUGUUUUUGCGUUGUUACCUCUACAGAUACAGCUCUCGUGAAAUGUUCGACUCUAUUUCUUAUUUUAAAUUCUAAUAUAUCAUUUAUUAAAAAAAUAACUCGGCGGAAACGUAUUCGCGACUCGAAAUCAGUGAUAUCAGACCUAACACCAGGGCGAAGGAGUUAUGUG